CUCUCCGAGGCUCGAGUUUGUAACUGUAAUUCAGCUGUUUUGUGUUGGGAUAAACAAUUCUCUUUUCCAAACUUUUUGCGUGAUUCCCAUGCAGAGUGCUAGUGUUGUCAUCAAGAGAUGUAUUGGGUCUUCUGGGAGACGAUGUAUUGCAGCAGCUGCAUCAAAGCCUCAGCAGAAUUCAAGCACAAUCGUUGAUAGUGACGCGUGCGCAGGCAAUGAUGUCAACGUCCUAGAAUCAAUCGUGAAUCGUAAUCCACGCAAUUUGGAAAGAAUGGCAGUGGCUCGCAAAGACAGAGGCUGGUUCUGUAGCGAACCAAAGAGGAGAUAUUGGCACAAAUUAUAUUACAUUACAACAAAUAGACAUGUAAAUGCACACGUCGAACACUGUAGUGGGAACACCGUCGUCUCAGCUUCUACAAUGGAAUGGGCGAUCAAAAAGCAUCUGUACAGUACAAAUGACGUGGUGGCCACGACUGCUGUUGGUAGGGUUCUAGCUCGUCGCUGUCUACAGUUUGGCAUUAGCUAUGUACACAUAGACAUCCCACAGGAAUGGAUGGCAUAUGAAAAGAUGAAAGCAUUUCUCUCAGGAUUAAAGGAAGAAGGUUUGAUUCUCAACGAACCAAAGACGAUUUUGGAUUUUCGACCUGUUGUAAAGGUGAAUUACUUCCCUGACAGUUUCUAACUCCUUGCUACAGACUCUUGCACACAAUGUGAAAGCUGACCCUCUGCUAACAUAUUUGACGGCGCUUUGUGUGCGAGUUUGCCUGAUGCAGUAACAAUUGGUGGCAGAUAUUUUUUUCUCCCCACAUUGCUGUCUUUUUUAAUGGCUGCAAUAGCAAUACUAUCAGUAGUAAUUUUCAUAUUCCUUGACUUUGGCGUUGCUAGCAUAACAAGCAAUGUGAUGGGGAAAAUGUGACAGGCAAAAUAAACCAUCUUUCUUCUUCCAAAAGUACAGACAGGAAAGCUGUUUUUGCCUGGAUAGAAAUGUUAAAAUUUUGUAAAUAAAAAGAUGCAAAUCAUGA